UGGGCUCUUCUUUCAUGAUAUGGAAGCCCAAUGGAGAAACUACGGAGGAGAACCUCUGAUAAACCCUAAAUGCACUUACUGAUCUGAUUCCUCGCACCUGCUCCAGUUCAUCUUCCUUAGUCGAUUGCUAUUGUCUAUUCGCGUCUUGAUUGAAGGUAAAAAUCUGGAGUUGUUUUGAUUACCAAAUGGUGACACGGAGAAGAACAAGGCACAGCCGAUCAACAAUUGUUCGGCCUGUGACUUUCUCCUCAUUUGCUCGAUCAGUUGCUCAUCUCGCCACAGCUUACACAAGCAAGCGUCAAAAGCUUGAAAUGAAACUACAAAGAUACCUAUCCAGUGCACCAGGAGAUGGAUUUGUUAAGCAGUCACUGGAAGAAAAGAGUGAAGAAUCCGAGUCCUCUGAGGAAGAAGAGUUACAAGGAGUUAUCCAAGCGGAUUUUGAGUUCUUUGAUCCUAAGCCUGAUGAUUUUCAUGGAGUGAAGGUCUUGCUGCAAAAUUACCUUGAUAAUGAGCAGUGGGAUUUGAGUGCUUUUGUAGACCUUAUACUGGGCCAGACAACAGUAGGAACCGUUGUUAAAAUAGAAGAUGAUGGACUGUUUGCUGUUGUUACUGCCCUUAACUUGGGAAGAUAUAAGGAUCAUAAAUGUAUGAUGGAGAUCAAGGAGUUCCUUAUCAAAGUUUGUCAGGACAAAGAUGUAAUGGAUGAUUUGAGAUUACUUUGGGAUGAGCAAGCACAUGGUGUAGGUCUCUUGGUCUCCCAGCGUGUUGCCAAUCUUCCUCCCCAACUUUUACCGCCUCUUUAUAAUGCCCUCUUUGAUGAAGUCUUAUGGGCUACAGAAGAUGAGCCAACAGAGGAGCUUAGGAAGGCUUUCUGCUUCAAAUCCUAUUUGAUAUUUAGUAAAAUUUACAAGCACAAGAAUGCAGACCACAAAAAAGGGAAGAACAGUCAUAAUGAGGAAGUAAUAAUAUAUAUUAAGCCUGAAGAUGAAAUUUUUCACAAGCUUUGCCUGUGGUCCUUCUGUUUUCCUUUGCACUCGGAGCAUGUGACAACUCAUGAGCUAAGAAAUUACAGGUUAAUGGGGUUAGUCAUGGUUGUUGAGGCAGACAAAGUUGCUAAUUUCCGUGAGGAGUUGCACUCUUUGAUUGAUGAACCCUGAUUUCCUGCUAAAGGUGCUUCAACUUCCAAGUUAAUGGCCUUCUAUUUUUUCUUCUUUGACAUGUAUGCUAUGAUUUGUGCAAUUCUGUAAUGCUAACUUUAUCCGUGUUCAUAGGUUUUCUAGCGUGUUGAAGUUUUGAUUUCUUCCUCUGCUAGGAGCGAAAAACCGGGUUGAGGAGGGGUUUUUUUUUUUGGGGGGUGGGGGGUGGGGGGCAUUUAUGACAAAUAUUCAAUCUUUAAGAGACAAAUUUAUUGAAAACUUCAACUUGUUAGAUAGGUAUGCUAAUAUUUAUUUCUUGGGAUUCUUAUAUGAUUUGAAUUAUUUUUCUUUCC